AUGAAAACAAUUUUUGAUAAUUGUUUUGAGUCAAAACCACUGAUCGGCUGUGCAGUUUUGUGAAGUUCUGACAACGUUGAGAAUGGAGAAUGGACUGACAGACAGCUUGAUGUUUGACAUCAACUUGUUAAAGGAAAUGGACUUUGGGAGGACAAAGGUCACAUUUAAUCCACCAGUGUCACCCUCCAAUCCAGGAGAGUCUUUGGUUAUGCGACCUCUAAGUUCAGGGGACUUUGACAGAGGUUUUAUGCAACUUCUUAGUCAACUUACAUCAGUCGGGGAAACAACACAAGACAAAUUUUUAGAAAGGUUCAAUGGAAUGAAGAGUACAGGGUCUUACUACGUUGUAGUUGUGGAGGAUACAGACAAGAAUCAGGUAGUGGCAGCGGCAACACUUAUACUGGAGCAGAAAUUCAUUCAUGAAUGUGCAUUGAGAGGAAGGAUUGAAGAUGUUGUUGUCAAUUCAGAACAGAGAGGCAAACAGCUGGGAAAAUUACUCUUGGCAUCGCUAACUCUCCUGAGUCAGGACCUUGGUUGCUACAAGACCACGCUAGAAUGUUCAGAAACCAACAUCGCAUUUUAUGAAAAGUUUGGCUAUUUGAAAGACAAAGAAGUAUACAUGCAGAACAGGCAUUAGAGCAACCUGCGUUUUUUCUUCACUCAUAACCCCUGGAAUUGCCUAAUUUAAAUGUGCAAGAAUACGGCUCAAUUUGAUUAAGUCUUUGUUCAAUUCACAAUGAGCAUGCUCAAGCAUGGUUACCUGCAAAAGAGGCGUCACGUCUUUGAGUAACUCUGUUCCCCCCCUCAUUCUUCUGUUUAGGGUUACCGCUUAAAAAGUGAUUCAUUUAGAUCCUGUCAAUAUACUUACACUUUGACACAUGCUUAUUAAGCACCCGUAAACUCCCUACAAGCACUCAAUAACAAGUUUUUGCACAAAACAAUGACUUUCAGGAGUCAAAUAAUGUUUGUCAGUGCUUGGCUUUCAAGGGUUAGUCAUGGGAGAGAACAGAAUGGCAAACUGCCCAUGGUAGCGAGGUUGGCAUUACAGUAAUUGGCUAGGGCUGUUGUUAUUUUGAAGAAAUGUUGAAAUAUCAAAAGCUGGUAGUCGGACCUUAGCUGUAGACAGCUGUGUUGAAGAUAUGAACUACUUUUAUUUAAAAUAUUUAUUUUAAUUAUUUAACCUGCUAACAUUCCCAAAUUCUCCAAAAUGCUUAACAUUAAAGUGUCUUAUGAUGUAGGAUAUGGUGAUACAAUGCUUGUUUUUGGACCAGACACACCAAUUUUUCGUCGUCCAGACAUUGGUGUGUUAAGUUACCGUAGAGUAGAGACUUCAGAAUUGACUCUAGACAAAGAAGUUUAUGAUUUUUGGGUCAAUAGAGGGCAGUUUAACCUCCUGACAGCCUUCUGAGGUUGUGUCAGAAUUGGCACCUGCAGCAAUCGCUAUGGGCCUCCUUUGCUUGAAUGCAUGCGAUGCAGGAAUCAGACAUGCAACUUUUCCUUUUUUCCCCCUCUUUUUUCUUGAUUUCCUCUUUUUCUUAUCUCAGUUUUACCAUUCAAAAUCGAAAAGUACUAUACAAAGUCAUUGAAUUUUUGUUUUUCCUCUUUUUUUUGUGAAGUUACAGUUGCAUGCCUGAUGAAUCAAAACACAAGUGCAGCCACUACUUUAAUACACAGCCUUAAUUUUAAAGUGCCUUCAUUUCUGUUUUUCUGUCGGGAUCUUUCUCCAUACUUCAUGCAGAUGUAUUUGUGUCGUAAUUAUUAUAGAGAUACUGAUAUAAUAUUUACAUUAUAUUUUUGUAUAAUUGACAUACUUAAGAAAAGGCUUUCAAGUUGUAAAUAUAGAUGUGCAAUUUGAUAAACAUAGGCGUGUUUUGUAUUGAGGCGAUACAGUUUGAUCUGGUUUAAUAUGGUUGAAUCCAGUUUGAUCUAGAAUGAACCCGUAUUUAUGCUGCUGCUGCUCUCUUUGUGCAAUCUUAAUAUUAGAUAAUGAGCAGAGUUAAGUUUCCAUAUAUUUUAAGAAAAGCUUUCUCCUGUAAUACUUGUAUAAGAAGGGAACAGCUUUUAGGAUGGGAAAAGGACGGUGACCAUCUGUCAGAGAUUUGCCAAAACAAAUACUAUUGAUGAUCUUUUAAGGAUGUGGCAUUGAGUGACUGACAUUGUUUUCCAUAAUACACUUGAUGACACAGUAACAACAAUGAAAACAGAUUGAGUUAUUGAGGUUCCAUUUUGCUUUUCCUUAAUUUAAAUCUUUUAGCUGGUAAGUUGUUGUUUUUUUCUAUAAAAAAUCUGUUUGGACGAUUGUGGAUAAUCCUCAAACCGAUACAGUACUUAUUUUAUUAAAACAUUUUAUAUUUUAUAGCUUUAUAUAACACUAAUUAAACCACAGAUAACAGAUUAUGUGACCUGUGACAUCACUUGUUUAUAAACAAACCAUAGAUUCUGGACUUCCUGCAGGCACGAUUUGUACAGAGUUACUUGGGAAAAAACAUCUUGCGCUUCACGGGGAUCACACUUUCUGUUUUUCUAAUCAACUUUUGAUAUGAAGAAAAAGGAGCAUCUCAAAACUUAUUCAGCUGUUAUUUUUACAACUUGAGUUAAUGUGGAAAUUGACAACACCAAAUGUAAAAUUUCUCAUAUAUCAAGUGUAUUGUAUCUUGCCUGUCGGAAAAGCCCUUGAAUGUACAAGGUCACUCCUUUUGUAAACAAAGAUUAUAUGGUCGAGAGGUACCUACACAGUCUACUAAUAUGCGAGAUGAUUUUCUGUAAUUAUUGUUGGAAGAGACCACAACGAAUUGAAUCAUUGUUGGGGAGAAAGUAAUUGUAGAUAAUGUCUCGUUUCCAUCCAUCUGGGCCCAAUUUCAUAGAGCUGCUUAAGCAGACAAAAUUGCUUAACAGUUAACGGAGGUGUAUUCAUUUUAUGUAUAUUGGAUAUGUACAUUGACCACCAAGUGGUCCAAGUUUCACUUUGUUGAUCGCUGAAAAAAUACCUCAAAAAUAAUGUCAUUCACAGGAAGUAUGAACUGUUAACUAAAGAAAAUAGACAGUGAUCAGAAGAAAAUUCGAUGAUAUUUUGAUUUCCUUUUUUAUUUCCAAUUUAGUAUUUUAUUAUGUCUUCCUCCAGUGAUGGAACAUUUUAUUACAGUAUUUAACUAAUCACAUAAUGACAAAACUACCUUUUAUGUGUCUUUAUCUCUUGUACAAUAGACAAAGUUUUAAUAUUAAAGGUAUCAAUGGACAUUUUAUCAAUGGACAAUUUGUGAUGUUGUUUAUAAUUUGUUUGUCAUUCAAACUUUUGAUGUGUAUCGUAGACAACAAAAUCUAGAGAUGAUCAUAGCAAGACCUCAUAAACUUCGUAAUAAAGGUUUGGGUAAUACUAAUGUAUACCUUUAUCAUAUUUUGAAACAUUUCUGCAAUACCUUGGCAGGAGAAGACAUUUUACAAGAUUUAUUUUAAAGUGAUCCAGCAGGAAAUUGUUAAUUGGGUUCAUUCUAAAGACUGAACGAAGUCAGUAGUACAAAAUCUACCGGCGAAAUUAAAAAACCAAUGAAUCGUUGCCAAAAUGCACUUCUCAAAUAAAUAAUACCCUAACAGUUUUAGUAAUGGAACAUUUUAAAGGAAGAAACAGUUAAUACUCUAAUGUUCUGAAGUUGUGUUCUGUCUGUUCUCAAACUGUUGUAGAGCAGAUGUAUAAUUGUACAAGAACCAAAGUUUUCAUUCAUUCAGCAAAAAGAAAAUCACAUAUAAAAAUCAGCUUAAUAACGUUUGCUUUCAGAGCAGACAGUUGACUCUUAACACCC